CGCCGCCCGAUGGUCAACAUAGCCAUUAGAGAUGGGCCAUUCACACUACUCAAAAGUUUUGCGCGGCAGUCGGACUAUCGCUGAUAAGAACCAUCCCCGGAAUUGGCGCUAUCUACGGGUGUGUUUUGUUAUGAUAACGAUGCAUCGUCGCCGAAACCUUAUCUUAUCACAACCAAAAUUAGGAAGUUCACCGCUGAAUGAGUUAUCUUCCCACCAAGAUCAAGGUUUGUUGGCCCUUGCCGGUCUUUGCAGGUGGAAGGGAAAAUUUCGGGAACAAUCUUUUGGGAGUUAGUUUUGGUUGAACUUUUAAAGCUUUCGCACGGAUUCUUCGGGAUGACGUCCUUCGUAAAAUUGGUCAAGUGUUUCUUGCUGUUCAAGUUGGUCCAAAGCACAGUUGGAGCUGUUAUUGACCCGGUAGAUCAUGAACCCAACUGGGUCAUGAUCCCAACGGCUUCCGGGAACUUUGUUUGGGUUCAUCGAAAAAUCGUGGAAGCAAAAACCCUCGCCAAACGCGGCCUUAUGGAGUCGGACAUCCGGUUUAUCUUCUACUCGCGGACAAACUACACCGGAUUCGUCCACAACCUCAACGGUCUCACACUCCUCAGCGAGUCCGUGUUUGACAGCUCUCGACCAACGCGGAUCAUCAUCCACGGGUGGCUCAACAACGGAGAUUCUCCACUCAACGAACACCUGCGGAAAGCAUACCUGUACAACUGGGACUACAACGUAAUCUCCGUAGACUGGUCCGCGUGCUCGAGUGACCUGAACUACAUCGCAGCGACGUCGUGUGUUCGAGUGGUCGGACAGGUCGUUGCCAAGAUGCUGGACUACCUUCACGAGAACAGAGAACUUUCGUUCCGAGAUGUGUACCUGAUCGGGCAUAGUUUGGGAGGUCACGUGGCAGGGAUCGCCGGGAAGUUGGUCCAAGGAGGACGGAUAGCUACGAUAGUGGCGUUGGAUCCGGCCUUGCCGCUGUUUUCGAUUAGGAAGCCGGAGAAUCGUGUCGCCGAGGACGAUGCGGAGUACGUGCAGGUUAUCCAUACCAAUGGAGGGCUUUUGGGGUUUUUGGAGCCCAUUGGAACGGCGGAUUUUUAUCCGAACGGAGGGAGGAGCCAGCCGGGAUGUGGGUGGAAUUUGUUAGCAACCAGAGGUCCAACCUGCAAUGCCUCUUAG